UGGGGUUGGGCGCGAUUGCGUUGUGGGAGGGAGGCCAGGGCUGUGCUGGGGACGCGCUUCGGGCACUGCCAGCUGCUCUUCAACCCCUGCCAGCGGCCCACCCAGGACAAUGCCCCCCACAGCCGCCUUGUGCCCGUCGCCGCCGCCCUGGGCCGGCCAAACUGAGGAGAUGGGCCUCCCUCGGCGCCACGCUGCCCAGGAGACCCCUCUGUCGCUCCUCUUCGAGGCGGUACCUGUGAUGGCUCCCCGGCCUCCCCUCGGGCCCCACCUCCUGCUCGUGCUCCUGCUGUGCCCGCCGCCCCUGGCCGAGGCCCGUCACUUCUCCGCCCCCAACACCACCUUCAACCACUUGGCCCUGGCCCCUGGCCGAGGCACCCUCUACGUGGGCGCCGUGAACCGCCUCUUCCAGCUCAGCCCCGAGCUGCAGCUGGAGGCCGUGGCUGUCACCGGCCCUGUGUUCGACAGUCCCGACUGCGUGCCCUUCCGUGACCCGGCGGACUGCCCGCAGGCCCGGCUCACCGACAACGCCAACCAGCUGCUGCUGGUGAGCGGCCGGGCCGGGGAGCUCGUGGCCUGCGGGCAGGUGCGGCAGGGCGUGUGUGAGAAGCGGCGCCUUGACGAUGUGGCCCAGGUGCUGUACCAGGCCGAGGACCCUGGCGACGGGCAGUUCGUGGCCGCCAACGCCCCGGGGGUGGCCACGGUGGGCCUGGUGGUGCCUACGCCAGGCCGGGACCUCCUGCUGGUGGCCAGAGGCCUGGCGGGCAAGCUGUCGGGAGGGGUGCCACCCCUGACCGUGCGCCAGCUGGCCGGGCCGCAGCCCUUCUCCAGCGAGGGCCUGGGCCGCCUGGUGGUGGGCGACUUCUCGGACUACAACAACAGCUACGUGGGGGCCUUUGCCAACGCCCGCUCCGCCUACUUCGUCUUCCGCCGCCGGGGCGCGCGGGCGCAGGCCGAGUACCGCUCCUACGUGGCCCGGCUCUGUCUCGGGGAUGCCAACCUUUACUCCUACGUGGAGGUGCCCCUCACCUGCCAGGGCCAGGGCCUCAUCCAGGCUGCCUUCCUCGCCCCGACCACCUUGCUGGGGGCAUUUGCCGCAGGCCCCAGCGGGGCGCAGGCAGCCCUGUGCGCCUUUCCCUUGGCUGAGCUGGACGGGAGCAUGGACCGGGCCCGGCGCCUUUGCUACACGGCGGGUGGCCGGGGCCCCAGCGGCACAGAGGAGGCCUCCGUGGAGUAUGGAGUCACGUCUCGCUGCGUCGCCCUGCCCCCCGACUCCCCCGAGUCAUACCCCUGCGGUGACGAGCACACGCCCAGCCCCAUUGCUGGCCGCCAGCCCCUGGAGGCCAGGCCGCUGCUGCAGCUCCGGCAGCCCAUCAGCGCCGUGACAGGCCUCCAGGCAGAUGGGCACACGAUAGCUGUCCUGGGGGACACCCAGGGGCAGCUGCAUAAGGUCUUUGUCAACGGCUCCCGAGGCCAGGUGUACCACUCCCAGCAAGUGGGGCUUCUGGGCUCAGCUAUCAGCCCAGACCUGCUGGUGGACGGCAGGGGCAGCCACCUCUACGUCCUGACUGCCCAGCGGGUGGACCGCGUGCCCGUGGCAGCGUGCCCCCAGUUCCCUGACUGUGCCAGCUGCCUCCAGGCCCGGGACCCGCUGUGUGGCUGGUGCGUCCUCCAGGGCAGGUGUACCCGCAAGGGCCAAUGCGACCGAGCAGCCCAGGCCAACCAGUGGCUGUGGAGCUACGAGGACAGCCACUGCCCGCAUGUGCAGACCUUGCUGCCGGCCCACCGCCCGCGCCAGGAGCAGGGCGUGGUCACCUUGUCUGUCCCUCGGCUGCCCACCCUGGCCAUGGAUGAAUACUUCCAUUGCGCCUUUGGGGACUACGACAGUUUGGCUCACGUGGAAGGGCCCCACGUAGCCUGCAUCACUCCUCCCCAAGAUCAGCUGCCUCUUAACCCUCCAGGCACAGACCACGUCACCUUGCCCCUGGCUUUGAUGUUUGAGGACGUGGCCGUGGCCGCCACCAACUUCUCCUUCUACGACUGCAGCGCUGUCCAGGCCUUGGAGGCGGCCGCCCCGUGCCGCGCUUGUGUGGGCAGCCUCUGGCGGUGCCACUGGUGCCCACGGAGCAGCCGCUGUGUGUACGGGGAGCACUGCCCAGAGGGGGAGGUGACCGUCUACAGUGCCCAGGAGACGGAUGUCCAGGUGCGUGGCCCAGGGGCCUGUCCCCGGGUGGAGGGCCCAGCGGGUCCCCUCCUGGUGCCUGUCGGUUGGGAGAGCCGUUUGGCCCUGCGCGUGCGGAACCUUCAGCAUUUCGGAAGCCUGCCCGCCUCGUACCACUGCUGGCUGGAGCUGCCCGGAGAACUUCGAAGGCUGCCGGCCUCUCUGGAAGAGACGGCAGGGGACGUGGGCCUCAUCUACUGCCAGGCCCAGCAGUUCUACCCCUCCAUGGCCCAGCAGGAGCUCCCGGUGCCCAUCUAUAUCACCCGGGGCAAGGGGCAACGGCUGGACAAUGCCCACGCUCUUCAUGUGACCCUGUACGACUGUGCCGUGGGCCACCCCGACUGCAGCCGCUGCCAGGCAGCCAACGGAAGCCUGGGCUGUCUGUGGUGCAGCCACGGGCAGCCCGCCUGUCGCUACGGUCCUCUAUGCCCCCCCGGGGCCGUGGAGCUGCUGUGUCCCACGCCCAGCAUCGACGCAAUCGAGCCCCUGACCGGGCCCCCCGAGGGCGGCUUGGCCCUCACCAUCUGGGGCUCCAACCUGGGCCGGGACUUUGCUGAGGUGCGAGACGCUGUGAAUGUGGCUGGCCGGCCCUGCAGCCCUGAGCCCUCCCUCUACCGCACCUCUGCCCGGAUUGUGUGCGUGACAUCCCCUGCCCCCAACGGCACCACAGGGCCAGUCCAAGUGGCCAUUAAGAAUCGGCCACCAGGCGUCUCAACCCAGCAUUUCACCUACCAGGACCCCGUCCUGCUGAGCCUGAGCCCCCAGUGGGGCCCCCAGGCAGGGGGUACCCAGCUCACCAUCCACGGGCAGCACCUGCAGACAGGAGGCAACGUCAGCGUCUUUGUGGGUGGACAACCCUGUCCUAUCCGGGAGCCGGUGUGUCCCGAGGCCAUUGUGUGCCGCACCAUGUCCCAGGCCAGCCCAGGAGAAGCUGUGGUUCGAGUGGUGUUUGGCCACGCCCAGCGCACGCUGCCCGCCAGCCCGUUCCACUACACCGCCAACCCCCAGCUUGUGGCGGCAGAGCCCAGCGUCAGCUUCCGGGGGGGCGGGCGGCUGAUCCGAGCCAGGGGCACGGGCCUGGACGUGGUGCGGCGGCCCCUGCUGUCCGUGUGGCUGGAGGCCCCGGCGGAGAUGCAGGUCGCAGGGGCCCGGCCCCCGGCCUCAACCCCGACGAGGAGCUGCGGGGCCCCCGCUGCAGCCCCCCAGGCUUGUAUCCAGCUCGAGGGAGGCCUGCUGCAGUGCUCCACCGUCUGUUCCGUCAACUCGUCCAGUCUCCUCCUGUGCCAGAGCCCUGCCGUGCCAGAUGGGGCGCACCCGCAGCGGGUCUUUUUCACCCUAGACAACGUGCACGUAGACUUCGCCAGCGCCAGCGGGGGCCAGGACUUCCUGUACCAGCCCAACCCCCGCCUGGCCCCCCUCAGCCGCGAGGAGCCUGCCCGCCCCUACCGCCUCAAGCCGGGCAACGUCCUGGACGUGGAGGGCCAAGGCCUCAACCUGGGGAUCAGCAAGGAGGAGGUGCGCGUGCACAUCGGUGAUGGCGAGUGCCUGGUGAAGACCCUCACGCUCACCCACCUCUACUGCGAGCCGCCGUCGCGGGCCCCCCAGCCAGCCAACGGCUCCAGUAGCCUGCCGCAGUUCGUGGUUCAGAUGGGCAACGUGCGCCUGGCCCUGGGCCCCGUCCAGUAUGAGACGGAGCCCCCUCUGUCCGCCUUCCCUGUGGAGGCCCAGGUGGGCCUGGGCAUGGGCGCUGCGGUUCUCAUUGCCGCUGUACUCCUCCUCACCCUCAUGUACAGGCACAAGAGCAAGCAGGCCCUGCGGGACUAUCAGAAGGUUCUGGUGCAGCUGGAGAACCUGGAGAUUGGCGUGGGUGACCAGUGCCGCAAGGAGUUCACAGACCUGAUGACCGAGAUGACCGACCUCAGCAGCGACCUGGAGGCCAGCGGGAUCCCCUUCCUGGACUACCACACGUAUGCCGAGCGAGUCUUCUUCCCAGGGCGCGGCGGCUGCCCACUGCAGCCCGCACCCGAGGGGCCUGGCGAAGAGGGCCGCCGCGCCCCCGUGCGCCAGGGCCUGACGCAGCUCUCCAACCUGCUCAACAGCAAGCUCUUCCUCCUCACGCUCAUCCACACCCUGGAGGAGCAGCCCGGCUUCUCCCAGCGGGACCGCUGCCACGUGGCUUCUCUGCUGUCUCUGGCGCUGCAUGGCAAGCUUGAGUACCUGACUGACAUCAUGAGGACUCUGCUAAGUGACCUGGCCGCCCAUUACGUGCACAAGAACCCCAAGCUCAUGCUGCGCAGGACAGAGACCAUGGUAGAGAAACUGCUUACCAACUGGCUGUCCAUCUGUCUCUACGCCUUCCUGAAGGAGGUGGCCGGUGAGCCGCUGUACAUGCUCCUCCGGGCCAUCCAGUACCAGGUGGACAAGGGCCCCGUGGACGCCGUGACCGGCAAGGCAAAACGGACCCUGAAUGACAGCCGCCUGCUUCGGGAGGAUGUGGACUUCCGGCCCCUGACGCUGAUGGUGUUGGUGGGCCCCAGGGCCGGCGGGGCCGCGGGGAGUGGUGCGGCACAGCGCGUGCCUGCCCGGGUGCUCGACACAGACACCAUCACCCAGGUCAAAGAGAAGGUGUUGGACCAAGUCUACAAGGGCACCCCCUUCUCCCAAAGGCCCUCAGUGCACGCCCUAGACCUCGGCUUGGGGGACAGGCUGCAGGCUAAUCGGCCUCCCCACGUGCCCCCAGAGUGGCGCUCGGGUCUCGCUGGUCAUCUGACCCUGUCAGAUGAGGACCUGACCUCGGUGACCCAGAACCACUGGAAGAGACUCAACACCCUACAGCACUACAAGGUCCCAGACGGAGCCACAGUGAGGCUCAUCCCCCAGCUGCACAAGGGAGGCGCCGUCUCCCAGAGCCUGGCCCAGAGCUGCCCCUUGGGGGAGAACACCCCCAUGUUGGAGGAUGGCGAGGAAGGCGGGGUCCACCUCUGGCACCUGGUGAAAGCCACCGAAGAGCCGGAAGGGGCUAAGGCCCGGCGCAGCAGCCUGAGGGAGCGAGAACGGGAGCGGGCGCGCGCGAAGGCAAUUCCAGAAAUCUACCUCACCCGCCUGCUCUCCAUGAAGGGCACGCUGCAGAAGUUUGUGGACGACACGUUCCAGGCCAUCCUCAGCGUGAACAGGCCCGUGCCCAUAGCCGUCAAGUACCUGUUCGACUUCCUGGACGAGCUGGCAGAGAAGCAUGGCAUUGAGGACCCGGAGACCUUGCACAUCUGGAAGACUAACAGCCUGCUGUUGCGAUUCUGGGUGAACGCCCUGAAGAACCCACAGCUCAUCUUUGACGUGCGCGUGUCAGACAACGUGGAUGCCAUCCUGGCGGUCAUCGCCCAAACCUUCAUCGACUCCUGCACUAUCUCGGAGCAUAAAGUGGGCCGGGCCCACCCCUACCCGGAGCAGGACUCCCCAGUGAACAAACUGCUGUAUGCCCGGGAGAUCCCUCGCUACAAGCAGAUGGUGGAGAGAUACUACUCCGACAUCCGCCAGAGCUCCCCGGCCAGCUAUCAGGAGAUGAACUCGGCUCUGGCCGAGCUCUCCGGGAACUACACAUCAGCCCCCCACUGCCUGGAAGCUUUGCAAGAGCUCUACAACCACAUCCACAGGUAUUACGACCAGAUCAUUGGUGCCCUGGAGGAGGAUCCCGUGGGCCAGAAGAUGCAGCUGGCCUGCCGCCUGCAGCAGGUAGCAGCCCUGGUGGAGAACAAAGUGACGGACCUGUGAGCCGGUCACCUGAGGCCCAGCGGCCUGGAGAGGAGCAGCGCUGCCCGGAUGGAGCCAGCAGCCGAGGAGGGGCCGGCAGGGCGCGGAAGGGGGUCGUGCCCACCAGGGGGCUCCCUGCCACCUCUCCCACCACCCGCCCUUCCUUCCCCUACCCCGCUUCUUUCUAAUUUAUCGUAAUCCUUACCUCUCUCCCCCGCCUCCCCCACUAUAUUUAUUUGCUUGCUGGAGAAUCACAUCUGGAAAUAAAAUAGAAAUACAUCUUUUUAGAAAAA